UGGAACUUUCGGCCGAGUGUAUAUAAACACGCAGCGUGGACGUCCCAACAUCAGACACUGCAAACCCCAAGUUGUGAGGAUCAAGAAGCAAGAGGAAGCAGGAUGUUGUGCCCCAGCGUCUUCCAGCUGUCCACCGCCCCGAGGCCCUUCAUGGAUGCUCACUGGCCCAUCCGCAGCCUGUGGCCUGAAACGAGGCCUCUCUUCUACCACAUGGAGCAGGAGAUGCUGCGCCACAUGCAGGAAAUGAGACAGAACUUGGAGUAUAUGGAGAGGCUGCACCAGAAGAUCUUUGAGGAGAUCGACCACACACCAGUGACAGCCACUUUCCGGCCCAUCGCCUUCCACCGGCUUAGCCCCAACGGAAGCAGCUUCGCGAUCAGCCUCGACACCCAGGAGUUCUGCCCCGAGGAGCUGUCCGUGAAGCAGGUGGGCCGGAAGCUGAGGGUCAGUGGGAAGACGGAGAAGAAGCAGGAGGACGGCAAAGGAUCCUACUCGUACAGGUGUCAGGAGUUCAGGCAGGAGCUGGACCUGCCAGACGGCGUGGACCCCGAGACGGUCACCUGCUCACUGGUGGGAGGGCAGCUGCAGAUCCAGGCACCGCGAGAGAAAGCGGCCGGAGACGGGAAGGAGCGAGUGGUGCCCAUCAGCGUCGCCCCGGUACCGGCCGUCACAGCGGCCUCCGAGGUCGACGGCCCCUCGACUCUAGAGAACUGACAGAAUGAGACUUGCAUGGAGUAAUCUGAUGGAUGGAACGCGUUUUUUGACGAGCUGUCUAUUGCUGAUGUUUUAGCUGGCAAUUAUGAAUCACGUCGACAAUAUUUGGGGAAAAAAAACAACAGCAAAGCCCUGAGUCACAACCUAUUUCCAACAAUGACAGAUGAUGCCGUGGAGAACAUUCUUUUCAGGCAUGCCACAGCCCUGUAAAGUUAUUUUUAAAUAUAGCCUUAGCACUACAAAAGUGUAAUGUCAUUCUAGAAUAUGUUCUUGUGUUUUUUCAUCGUAAAGAAUUAAAAGUUACGAGUUAAUGUUCCUGGUAUGCCUGCCUUGACCAUCAGAUGGCAGUAUAAUACAGCCAUGCAACCAAAUCAUGUUUUUUUUUUUUUGUUUUUUACCAGAUAAAGCAUCUAUAAGAGUUUUAUUGACUAAAAUAAAUACAACUACAAUAAGCGGUUCAGAUAAUGGAUGGAUGGAUUUUUAAAAAAAAGUUGAUUUUAUUCAACCAAGUAGAAGUUUGUUGGAAUAUAAAAUUGUCAAAAGUGAUCUGGCUAAUAUGCAACAGAAAUUAUGCAGUACACAAACAUUUGUAUAAUGAACAAAAAUAACCGCAACAU